AAGUAAAUUUAUCAGUUGUAUAAAAAAAGUUACUGUCAAAGAAACAAUUCACAGUUUUUUAGUUUUAACUUUUUUGUUGAAUUUACUGAAGUGAAGAUGUACUCUCAAAAUGUUAUUACAUUCAUAACUCUUUGUUGUAUUAUACUAACAUUGGGUUCGCCUAUGAGAAAUAAAAAUGAAGCUGGCUCGUCAUCGAAUGAACCUGCAUCAAUAAAUGAAUAUUCUGAUUUUAAAAAUUUAUAUAAUUUAGCUAUUGCUAAUACAAGUGAUGUAGCUAUUCAUAAACAAUUGCUAAUUGGUGUAUUGGUACUUCUUAAUAAUACUACAAUGAAAAAAAUAGUUCAGGAUUGUAAAGAUGAACAAAAUAAUUAUGACGUACCAAAAUUUAUCGAAUUGAUACAACAAAAUAUUCCUAAAGACACAGUUAAGGAUUUUAAAUAUAAGAAAACUGAAUUUAUAAAUUGUUUAUAUUUAUUUUAUUCUGAAGGACGUGAUUUUGUAGUCGCAUCAAAAUUUCAACAAAUUUGUCGCUCUUAUAAAGUUGAAUUAAAUAAAAAUGAGUUAAAAUUUCUAGAUUAUUUUACCGAAAAUUGUAAUGAUAAGCUAAAUUUUGAAAGUUUUUCAGAAAUAAUAGAGCCACAUUAUGAAGUGUUCAUAAGAAAUUUUGUGUGGGAUCUAUAAAAAAUAUAUGUUUUCAAUUUAUAUUUCAACUUUAUUAACUUUGAUGCGUAACUGAGAAACUAUUUAAUUAUAGUUUUAAUUAUUCAUGUUUU